UGAAGAGCGCUUAUUAAAAACAAAAAGUGCUAACUCAGUCAGUGCAUUAUCUCUGUUUUAUGUAUGUGGAAUGGCGUCAGACUGUAAUAACGAUUUAUCUCUGAAUUCUGAUCUUGUGACUCUUCAGAAACAAUUAACUGUUGCCCGGAAUGAAAUAUGUAAUCUUAGGCAGCAGAUGCGGAGCCUGGGGCACGCCCAGCGCAAGGAGCUGGAGAGGAUCCAGGGUGCGCUGGAGACGUGGCGGUGCCCCGGCUGCGCGGGCACGCCUCCCCCCGUGCCGGACGAGCGUGUCGUGCUGCGCUCCAUAGGCACGGUGACGACGGGCUUCCCGGAGAAGAGGGGCACCCCGCGCCAGCCGGGCGUGUGCCUGCACGGCCAGGGCAAGCUCACCCUGCACGGCGACGUGUUCACCAACCCGGAGCACGCCCUCGACGGCCUGGAGGGGUUCUCCCACAUGUGGAUUCUUUUCCACUUCCACAAGAAUGACGCAACACAUUUGCGAGCGAAGGUUUCUCCUCCACGGCUGAACGGGGCACGUACUGGCGUGUUCGGGACACGCUCCCCUAACCGACCCUCGCCCAUUGGACUCUCGCUCGUGGCGAUCGACAGGCUAGAUGGAGCCUCGGUGUACUUCUCGGGGGUGGACAUGGUGGACGGCACCCCGGUGCUGGACAUCAAGCCCUACAUCCCGCAGUACGACAACCCGGAGCAGUUCGAGCCGCCGGCGAGCCCCGUGCCCCGGCCGGCGGCGCCCCCCGAGGAGCGCGAGGCCCCCGACGGGGAGGAGAGCGCGGGGGCGUCCCUGGCCGCCCCCGGCGCCGCCGCCGGGCCGGAGAGGGCCUCCAUGUCUCCUUCAGCACAGGUGCGAGUUCCUUCGUGGGUGACCCAGCCACCGGCGUCGAAGCUGACGGUGACGUUCAGCGAGCGCGCCCAGGCGCAGCUGGAGGAGCUGGGCGGCGCGGGGCAGCUGGCGGCGGCGAUACGCAACGUCCUGCGCGAGGACCCGCGCUCCGUGUACCUGCGCCAGCGCUGGGGCAGCCAGUUCUACACCUUCCUCAUCUGCGACCUGCACGUGGGCUGCAAGUUCGCCGACGCUGAGCGGGCCGUCACGGUGUUCCAGAAUUGUGUCGGCGAGGAGUGCUGCGCCCUGAAAACCAGGUUCCCGAGCCUCGUCAGCGCCGGAGGGUCGGCCCAGAACACCCUGCGCGCGUUCCAGUGGCUGGUGGGCCGGCCGGGGGCCUCGGUCGUCUUCGGGGCCGUGGGGCUCGACGAUGAGGGCCGCACCCUGGAGGCGCUCAUGAGGAGCGCGGGCGUCUGCACCAGGUACGUGUACCACAGUGAGCUACCCACAGGGCGGUGCGUGGCGCUCGUGAAGAAUGAACACCGGGCGCUGGUGGCUCACAUCGGAGCUGCAGCGGUGUACGAUUCCCACCACCUCGACAGCGACAACUUCCACACCCUCGCUCGGUCCAAGAUCGUGUACGUCGAGGGGUUCUUCAUCUCGCACAGCUUCGCGGUGGCCGAAGAGGUCUUCACGUUCUGCAAGUCCAGGGGCAUCCUGACAGCUUUCAACCUCAGCUCUGUGUACAUCUGCAGGAACCACGCGCGAGAGAUCCUGCAGAUGGUGAACCGCGCGGAUGUGGUUUUCGGCAACAGAGCGGCGUACCGGGCUCUCGUAGAGUCUGCGGAGCGAGCACCCCAAGUGCUGGUCUUUUCAGAGUUCAGCGGGCAGGAUGAAGAUGACGACGCGGAAGAAUCAAAACACUUGGGAGUGCAGAGUUCAGUUAAUGGUACUGUAGCGUUCGGCAAGCAGAGAGCAACGCCUGCUUCCGUGUUCGACGAGCUGCGGUCGCUCGGCAAGAUCUGCGUCGCCACGGAUGGCUCACGUCCUGUGAGGUGCAAGACCUCCCGCGGAGAGUGCUUCGAGGUGCAGGUGCCUCCGCUGGACGCGGCGAGCGUCAAGGACACGACGGGCGCGGGGGACGCGUUCGUGGCUGGUUUCCUGGCCGGCGUCGUGGAACACAGACACUUGAAGGCCUGCAUUCGGCUGGGCUGCGGCGUGGCGGCACGCGUCAUCCAGCAGGUCGGGUGCCAGGUGCCGACGUACUCGCCGAGGCAGGUACUGAGCGCAGCGUGACUGUCUGUAACCUGCAGUGUGGAUCUCAAUUGAGUUCAACCACGUCUUGUCUGUUAUCAACUUAUUAAAAUCUUUAAACUUGCCCUAGGCAACGUACUUGAUUGCACCCUAAAAAUCAUGUCAAAUUAAACUUUGUAAAGUCUUAAGAUUAAUUUAUUUUUUAUUAUAAAUUUCCAGUUGUGAUGGUCACAACAAUUUGGUAAUGGAUGGAAAUAAUAUGUAUUUCAAACUUGAAGUAUAAUUUUAGUACUGUACUUCUGAUUUAAAUAAUAUUUUUUCGUGAUUUUGAAGAUAGCAUUUUCUAUAAACAGGAGCAAGUGUUAUGCAUGGUAAUAAACUCUUUAUUAUGAGCACUCAGAAAAUGAAUAUGGAUGCACAUUUGUAUAAAACCACUUAAUUCAGUUGUGGCUCAAUUUUGGCAGUAGAAAAUGGAUUCUCAUUAAUGUGAAUGAGGACAAUACACAACAGAAAUGUAACUCUGAAAUAAUAUUCAAAUGCAAUAGAUUACAUUCUAUCUCUUCAUCAUUAUACUUUCAGACUAAUUAUGUAGCUUAAUUUUAUUGCAGGGUUAGGUAACUCUUUUCUAACAAGAUCAAAUAUACAGAAAGUAGCUGGGUGGAAAUUUCAUGCCAGUUCACAAUUGGCAAUAGAAUACAAUGUAAGCAGUCCAGAAGUAGAUCUUAGCAAGGCUGUACAUAUUUAAAUGUGAAGCUGGAGUGACCACACCAUGUAAGAAAAUGGAGUUUCUGGAUCAUGAAAUUGUUAUUAGAAGUGAAAGAAAUUAUUUCAGUCCCAGAAAACUUUUUUUCUAAUCGGAAUUAAAAGUAAUUGGCAUCAAAUCACUUACUGAAGUUAAUUUUGUUUAGAGAACUUGAGUUAUUUAUAACUCUGGUCUGCAGUAGACAUCUGUGAAUUGUGAUUUUUCAGUUCGAAUCGAAUUCGAAUCGAAUUUCAAAAAAAUUCACGAGUUUCGAAUUUUUUUCGAAUCGAAUUUGGGAAUAUUUAUUAAAAUAACAUAGAUCAUAAAAAAUUUCUAACAUACCUCCUUUGAAAAACUUGUCUCAUAAUUCACAGUUUAAAUCAAGUAACUAAAAUUAAAGUGAGACUAUUUUGAAGAAGCACAACCAUAUUCUCAAAAAUUUAAAAAAAAAAUUAAAAA